CACCUCUCUUUUUACACUAUCCAAUUCUUGAGUUAAUCUUUCCCAAUUACAUCCAUGGAUGAACAAGCAAGAUUAGGUGAAAAUGCUGUUGGCAUUGAUGGUGAUAAUUUUCUUGAAUUCAAUUGCAAAGAUUACAAAAAAUCACCAAAUUUUGUCACAAAUUUGGUGAAGUAUUCUUUGCUUGUUGGAGCUGAAAAGGCCUUAAUGGGUCGAAAAUCUCAAGAAGCAUUUUCAUGCUCAAGUUUAAGUUCAUGGACCGACGAAGCGACUGCUCGCGAAAAAAGGAGAAACAAAGGCAAAACAGUCCUUCAAGAAGAGAAAUUAGCAUGUGGAACCCCUAGGGACUCUGCAAUUGAGUCAAGUAACGAGCAUUUUAGUACUGAACUAUCGUUUGAUUUUACUGCUUUUUUAGCAGUAACCAUGCUCAAACUAUUCGGAUUUCAAAUGAGUCUAAUGGUAAAACUUUUUACAUUCCCCAUUUCCUUGAUGAAUUUCUGGAUAAUGGUAUUGACAUUACCAUUUAAUACACUAACUUUAGCCAAAGAGAAUUUAAAGAAGCAACUAAUGAAUCUAGGCACAAAAUCUUGGUUGACUUUGAUGUCUUUUGUAUUCAGCCAAAUUAAGGCCCAAAGAUCUAUGUUGAAGCUGACAGUAAGGUUCUGUUGGGCUUUGUUUUGGGCUGCCUAUGUUUGUUUUCUGCUUGUUGGUUUGUUGGUGAUGGGCUUUGUGGUAAGUGGGCUUACUAUGAGACGUUUGUUGGAAGAACCAAUUGAGACAACAAAGGCCUUGAAUUUUGAUUACACAAAAACUAGCCCAGUUGCUUUUGUACCUCUUGCAGCUUCUGGACUUUCUGCUCCAUUGGUUUCCAAGCCCAAAAUUGAAGACAGGCCCAUACCUUAUAAUCACAAGUUGCAGCUUACUGUUUCAUUAACCAUGCCUGAAUCCGAGUACAACAGGAAGCUUGGGAUUUUCCAGGUAAGGGUGGACUGCUUAUCAACAAAUGGCAAGGUGACGGCAACCUCAAGCUACCCAACCAUGCUACUAUUCAAAAGCCAACCAAUCCGAUUAGUCCAAACAGCAAUAAAAUCCAUACCACUUGUCACUGGUUUUCAAUCAGAAGUACAAAACCUUAAACUUGUCAUAAACGAUUUCACAGAAGGUUUCGAGCCAACAGCAUGCUUUAAGGUUGUUCUUGAAAAAAGAGCAGAAUACCAACCAGAAGGUGCUGGCAUACCAGAAAUUUAUGCAGCAACAUUACAUGUGGAAACUGAAUUACCUCAAAUUAAAAGAAUCAUUUGGAUUUGGAGAAGAACUGUUUUUGUGUGGAUUGGGAUUUUGGUGUUUUUGAGUCAGAUCAGUUUUGCUUUGAUAUUUUGUCGGCCUGUGCUUUUACCAGGGAAAAGGAUCAUGACAGUUCUUGGAACUAAAAAGAAUGCCCAAAAGAACAAAAUCUCAUGGUGAGAGAUUGAACAAUAUUUCAAGAAUGCAUUUAGCAAAUUAAAUUUUUAGUAGGAUUAUUAUUGUCACUUCUUGUAUUUCUUACUGUAUUAUUGUCAAGGAUGAACGACAAUAUUGUUGUUGCGGACUUAAAUAAAUGAAAGUACUAUCACGUCU